GAACGAAACGAACGAAGCAAAGCAAGAAAGAAAAGAAGCAUUCGCUCCGCGCGCCGCUACGGAAUCGACGUGCGCCCACGUCUGUCCGUUCCGUUGCCUUUGCUUCCCAUUGUUUUUUUUCCUUUACCGACCGAGUAACUUUCAACCCAAACUUUUUAUUUUACCUUCGUUACUAAAAGUUAAAACCGCUGCAUUCAAGCUCAACUUUAACUAUUCGGUGUGAACAAGUUAUUCAAAAUAACGUUAAAAAUAAAUGGUCGUGUGUUAACGGUGAACAUUAGGAUGCUGUGAUUUGUUGUGGUGUCUGAUGAUGUGUGUUCGUCCAGAUAGGGUGUGAGUGAGUGAUGGGGUACGCGGGGGUGGGUGCAGGGGGGCGGGCGGCGCACGAGGCGCUGCUGGCGCGGCAGGACGCCGAGCUGAGGCUCAUGGAGACCAUGAAGCGGAGCCUCACGGCCAAGAUGAAGAGCGACCGCGAGUACGCGCUGGCGCUGUCCGCGGCGGCCGCUCACGGGCAGAAGAUGGACAAGUGCGAGGAACUCAGCGGCAGCGUGAUAGCGUCAGCGUGGCGCACCAUGACGGAAGAGUGGGAGAACACGAGCAAGCUGAUCCGAGCCAACGCGGAGGCGCUAGAGUCCCGCGCGCUGGACCGCCUCGCCUCGCUCAUGGCCGAGCGGAGGAAGGCAAGGAAGGUCUACCAGGAGGACCACUCCAAGAUCAACUCACAGUUCACGCAGUUAUCGGAGGAGGUGUCGCGGAAACAGAGCGAGUACCAGAAGUGCCUCGAGUCCUACAAACAGAUGCGGGCGAAGUUUGAGGAAAAUUACCUCAAAUGUCCGACGAGCCGCGGCGGGCGCAAGUUGGACGAGACGCGCGACAAGUACGGCAAGGCGUGCCGGCGCCUGCACCGCGCGCACAACGAGUACGUGCUGCUGCUGGCCGAGGCCACGGAGUGCGAGCGAGCCCUGCGCGGCGCCGCGCUGCCCGCGCUGCACGAGCAGCAGCGCCGCAGCGGCGAGGCCACCGCCACCUCCUGGAGAGGAAUCCUGCUCGAAGUGGCGCAGCGCACGGACCUCAGCGGGGACAAGUUCCGCGAGAUCCAGAGCAAGAUCGAGGCCUCCAUACAGAACCUGCGGCCCCAGGACGAGUACCGAGAGUUCCUCGACAAGUACAAAUCACCCCCAUCUAGUCCCGUAUCGUUUGCGUUCGACGAAAGCCUCGUCGAGGACACGAGUGGCAAACUACAGCCGAACCAGCUGACAGUUGACAACCUCACCGUGGAGUGGCUGAAGGAGAAACUCACAGAAUUGGAGACAAACCUGCAAGACAACCGGGAGAAACAGGCGGCUCUGCAGGGGCCCGAGAUCAUAGGGAACGGGGUCUGCAAGAAUAAUAAUACCACGCUCACGAAUGGAGGGAUGAAUGGUAUUGAUAGGCAUUCACCACCCCCGCUACCGCUGACGAUAUCUGAGCCGAUCAAGCUUCUUGAACUACGGGUGGCGGAGAGGAAAUGCGCCAAACAAGCGGAGAUGAUCCGCUCUGCGCUGGCCGAGCUGGGCUGCGAGGAGGCGCCCAGCGGCUGCCCCGACCUCAGCGCCGAGGCCGUGGGCGUCGACAGUCUCGACGGCAGCUCACCUGACCACCAGGAUCGCUCGUCAAUCGGCUCAAAGGCCUCCCUAGAUACGCUCCGGUUGCACCUCCACUCGAUUAUCCCCCCGAAGCCGUUCUUCAGACUGUUCAGCCGCCCGUUCCGCCGCAAGUCGGUCCCGUCGAGCCCCGCGCUGCCGCCCAAGACUUUCCGCAGCAGCAGCGAGGGGCCUAAAGACCCGGUGAGCGUAUCCGAGACGGAGCGAACACUAGUGGAACAGGAGUGGUUCCACGGCGUCUUACCUCGCGAGGAGGUGGUCCGGCUCCUGCGGUCCGACGGGGACUACCUGGUGCGCGAGACCACGCGCAACCAGGCGCGCCAGCUCGUGUUGUCCGUGUGCUGGGGGCAGCACAAGCACUUCAUCGUGCAGACUACGCCUGAGGGCCACUACCGCUUCGAGGGCGCGGCGUUCCCUUCAGUAGCCGAACUCAUCGCGUGGCAGCGCACGAGCGGCGUGCCCGUGACCGCGCGCUCCGGGGCGCUGCUGCGGCGCGCCGUGCCCCGGGAGAACUGGGAGCUCAAUAAUGAUGACGUGCAGCUGUGCGAUAAGAUCGGACGGGGCAACUUCGGCGACGUGUACAAAGCGCGGCUCAAGACGACCAACCAGGAGGUGGCCGUGAAGACAUGCCGCGUGGCGCUGCCGGAGGAACAGAAGAGAACCUUCCUACAGGAGGGCCGCAUACUGAAGCAGUACCAGCACCCCAACAUCGUGAGGCUUAUAGGCAUCGCCGUGCAGAAGCAACCCAUCAUGAUCGUCAUGGAACUCGUUUCAGGCGGCUCUCUACUAACAUUCCUGCGCACGCGCUCCAACACUCUCAACAGCCGCUCUCUAACAGCCAUGUGUCGCGACGCGGCGGCGGGCAUGCGCUACCUAGAGUCCAAGAACUGCAUCCACCGCGACCUGGCCGCUAGAAACUGUCUCGUCGGAGACGACAACAUCGUCAAGAUAUCCGACUUCGGCAUGUCGAGGGAGGAAGAGGAGUAUAUUGUGUCGGGCGGCAUGAAGCAGAUACCGAUCAAGUGGACCGCGCCGGAGGCUUUGAAUUUCGGUAAAUACACGUCUCUGUGCGACGUGUGGAGCUACGGGGUGCUGGUGUGGGAGAUCUUCUCGAAGGGGGACACGCCCUACGCCGGCAUGAGCAACUCACGCGCCCGGGAGAAAAUAGACACCGGCUACCGCAUGCCAGCUCCAGAGAACUGUCCCGAGGAAGUGUACGCGCUGAUGCUGCGCUGCUGGGAGUACGAGCCGGACAAGCGCCCGCACUUCCACCAGAUCUACACCAUCAUCGACAACAUACACAACAGAUAACUACCUACCCGUGUUUGAAAAUAUACAAAACAGAUGACUCUCAAUCAUGGACGAACAUAAUGUAACUGUCGAUAAUAGACACCAUCUCAAUAGAUAACUUCGUCUCCUGUUGGUGACGAGCACUAGAUAGAUAACUUCGUCUCCUUAGAGUGUUGGUGAGAGUAGAGCGCUUUAGAGAAGGAUUAGAAAGUCAGAAUAGCGCUGUUCGCUGACUGUACAGUUGAUGUCACACAUACAGUUGAGAAUGUAGAGCUAGGAUCUUGGAUAAUAUAGUACAGUAUAUUGUAAAGGUACAAAUAGAGUAAAAUGUUCAGGUAGACACCAACAAACGAUAGUUCUGCCUCAAAAUAAAGAACAUGAUGAUGAUGAAAUCUGAGUUACUCAAUACAUGUUUACAAAUGAUGCCAAAUUGACGAUGAAAUUUCUGAGAACACUUGUGCAAACUGUAGAAGUUGCACAUGAUUUAAACUGCAGUGUAAUCAUAACUUUAUAAAUAAAUAUAAGUAUUAAAACUUGUUUUUUAGUAUUAUUGGAAUGCUUCACAUUUUGAUAGUGUUGAUCUCUUUCGAAUGGUACUUUUUAGCAAGUAGAUAAUUUAGAAAUAAUGUUAUUAUUCUAUUAGGUAAGUACCUAUAUGUUAUACAAAUUAUUGUAAGUAAUAAAACAGAAGGACAAAAAUGUACAACCAACCAUGUUUUGACUGAUAGUAAUUUUGUCUUUUGGCCAAACGCAAUAUUUGUGACAAGCGCAGUUGAAUUAAUUGUAAAUAUUUAAUUAGUAAUAAGUAUUUGUAAGAUUUUUGUCUUCCAACAACUGAUAUAUUCAGAGCAUUAGAUGGUCUUCCAGAUGUUUGAAUAGUAUUAUUUUAUGUAUUUGCUAUUUAUAAGACAGUAAUAAAAUUUAAUUAUUGUUAUAUCCAUAGAUAUCUUAAACAGAUGUAUUCAUAUUUACGGCCAUUUGUGUACUUUGAUUAAUUUGUAUUUCAUUAAUUUUAUAAUUUGUCUAAGAGUGAUGUAAUAUUGUUUUAUUGUGAUAAACUGCUGAUGUAUUUUGAUCUGAACCUGAGGUAUAAUGGAUGGUACAUUAGAUGGGUACAGUGUUUAUAAAAACGGGUUUUAGUAACUCUCCGAUUAAUUUUUCAAUAACACACCUUCUUCAAUAUGCUUCAGAAUUUCCCAUACUGACACCCUCAAUUUCCCAUACCCAUCUAAAUUGGCCACCCGAUAUCCAUCACAUUUUUAUUGUUUAUUGUGACUUGCUUCCAUUUAUUGAUUGAUAAGAUUCUUUGCUUCGAUUAAUGUUUCUUGCCUACUUGUAUCUGCAUGAAAGUAACAAAUAUAAAACGUAACACAAAGUGAGAUAGAUUUUGUUGAGUGUCAGUAAUUUUAAGUAAGUAGAUACCUACCCUAUGUUAUGCAGAUGCUCUAUAGACAUGACUGUACAUACCAUUUUUAAGAAUAACGAAUAAAGUGCCAGAUUUUAA